AUGUUCGAUCGGUCAUUGUUGCUGCGCCCGUCGAGCGGCACAGCAUCGGAAGCAAGAAGCAGUUCGGCACUUGGUGCGUCGUCAUGGCAACACACAGUGACUGCGGGCGAGCUCUUGUCAUUUACUAAGGUGCCUCUGGUGAUGGUUAUCGAUAGCCCCGGCGCCUAUAAUUUCAAG